GGUUGCAUGGAGAUUACGGCGGCCGGGCUGGUGCCGCAUGGUCUGGUGACAAGAGCCUGCUUCACACGGGCUGCCACGUCUUGCAGCGUUGCUGGGAAAUCCUUCGUCACCCUUGGCCUUUGCAUCUGCUCUGCUGCACUCGGAGCAAAAAGCCCGCCAAACUCUAGCGGCGGCUGGGGCGACUGGGCCUGGGGGAGCAGGAGGAGCAUCACCAGAUGGUGUGAGGACAAGGACUGACUGCAACAGCAUGGCGGCCCACCCACCGCACCCAUUUACACCGGACGGCCACGAUUCCCCCACCCCCACACUACCACGCCCGAACGGUAUCCAUCAACGCUCCUUUGAUUCCGCCAACCCUUCGCAUGGGGCCAGCAGUGGCGCCCGCUGGCCUAUCACCAGACCCCAAGGGACCCUCAGAGAUCGUCACAAGGCGCUGCUCCCCCUUGUCCGGGCCCUUGCCCUUGGCCUUUUUCUCACAUCCGGCCACGAUCCGACCGUCACAGCCUCCCCACCCCUGCCCUCCUGGCUACUGCACGAGCGAAAAGAAACAAACGCCGCUUCAAUCAGUAAGACGCCCUGUCUUCAUUGGACCAGUUCAAGCCACCCAGCAAACUAAACGCAGCCAGCGGUGCCUGGCAUCGGCUACGUGCAGGUCAGGACUGCCUCGGACAGGCUGCGCUUGUCACCGCCCCUUUGCCCUUCACCCCCAAGUGCCGGCUCAUCCCUCUUGGACACGCUCGUUACUCGUUACCCUGAAAUGCCUGCCGUCGCUAGCUCUCCUGACAAAGCCGUCAGCUGGACCCCCACGCUCGUCGUUGCCCUUGAGAAUGUGCCAGGGCAGGUCCGGCGUUUGCAACAUUUAAGUACCUGCGCUACCUGGCUUCUUGACCAAACAUCCAUCCACCAUUGACGUAUUCGUCCCGUUUUUCCUUUCAGCGUACCGCUAGU